AUGCCGCUGCACCGAGACCAGAGGCGGCCGCCUUACCCCCUCCUCCGGGCCGUUUGGAUUCCAGAGGAGGCCGGCCGCGAUCUGUGGUGGGCAGAGCCGCCCUUGCCCAACCAAUCGGAGUGCUCUGCCAGCUCACGGGGGCAGCGGACCCUCCAGGCCUGUCGCUACAGUGGGGCGUUUCGGGGCCUGGCCCCCCUGACUUCCACCGCGGCCCCCCAACUCCCUGGGCCACCCGGAGGAAUCCCCUUCCCCAAGCGCAGCUGGCUUCCCCGCGCAGGCGAGCAGACCGCGAACGCUGCAAAAGUCCUGCCGAGGGACCGGCGGGACGGGGUGGAGGAGAAGACCCUGCCGGCUGCCGCCCAGAUGGUCCCCGGCGAGAACGGCGCUCAGGUGCCUCCAGCCCUGGUGCCAGAAAGCUUCCCGCUCGACAAGGCCGUGGCCUACGCCAGGCUCCGCAACCCCUUCCUCAUUAACGACCUGGACAUGCAGUACUACAUCCAGGACAGGCGGGAGGUGUACCGGAUCCUGCAGGAGGAGGGAAUAGACCUGCCUCGCUAUGCUGUUCUCAACCGGGACCCUGAUAAGCCAGAUGAGUGCAACCUCGUGGAGGGGGAGGACGACGUGGUAGUGAACGGGGCCGUCUUCCCCAAGCCCUUUGUGGAGAAGCCUGUCAGCGCUGAGGACCACAACGUCUACAUUUACUAUCCCACCUCAGCUGGAGGGGGCAGCCAGCGCCUUUUCCGCAAGAUUGGGAGCCGGAGCAGCGUGUAUUCCCCGGAGAGCUGCGUACGGAAAACAGGAUCUUACAUCUAUGAGGAGUUUAUGCCCACGGAUGGUACAGACGUCAAGGUGUACACGGUUGGCCCCGAUUAUGCCCAUGCUGAAGCCCGGAAAUCACCUGCUCUGGAUGGGAAGGUUGAGCGUGACAGCGAAGGGAAAGAGAUCCGCUACCCAGUCAUGCUCUCAGCCAUGGAGAAGCUGGUGGCCAGGAAAGUGUGCCUGGCUUUCAAGCAGACUGUGUGUGGUUUUGACCUUCUGCGAGCCAACGGCCACUCCUUUGUGUGCGACGUUAAUGGCUUCAGCUUUGUGAAGAACUCCAUGAAGUAUUAUGACGACUGCGCCAAGAUCCUUGGGAACAUCAUCAUGCGUGAACUGGCUCCCCAGUUCCAGAUCCCCUGGUCCAUCCCCACCGAGGCAGAGGACAUCCCCAUUGUGCCAACGACUUCAGGGACGAUGAUGGAGUUGCGUUGCGUGAUUGCGGUGAUACGGCAUGGUGAUCGCACACCCAAGCAGAAAAUGAAGAUGGAGGUGAAACACUCCAGGUUCUUCGAAUUAUUUGAGAAGUAUGAGGGUUACAAGACAGGGAAGCUGAAGCUGAAGAAGCCAGAACAGCUGCAGGAGGUGCUGGACAUCACCCGCCUGCUGGUGCUGGAGCAGGGAGCUCAUGAGGACUCCGAGGCUGAGGAGCAGAAGUCCAAACUGGAACAGCUCAAAACUGUCCUGGAGAUGUAUGGACACUUCUCUGGUAUUAACCGCAAAGUGCAGCUGACCUACUUUCCUUACGGGCACCCCAAAGCUUCCAGUGAAGACGAAGAUGCCCGUAAGGCGGCCUCUCCAUCUUUGCUCCUGGUGCUGAAGUGGGGGGGUGAGCUUACCCCCGCAGGGAGAGUCCAGGCAGAAGAGCUGGGCCGGGCCUUCCGCUGCAUGUACCCUGGGGGUCAAGGGGACUAUGCCGGCUUUCCAGGGUGUGGCCUGCUUCGGCUACACAGCACCUACCGCCAUGACCUCAAGAUCUAUGCCUCCGACGAGGGCAGAGUCCAGAUGACGGCAGCAGCAUUUGCCAAGGGCCUGCUUGCCCUGGAGGGGGAGCUGACGCCCAUUCUGGUGCAGAUGGUGAAGAGCGCCAACAUGAACGGUCUCCUCGACAGCGACAGCGACUCUCUCAGCAGCUGCCAGCACAGGGUGAAGGCCCGCCUUCGAGAGAUCAUGCAGAAGGACGCCAAGUUCACCGAGGAGGACUGUGAGAAGCUGGCACCAACUGGCAGUGCCUCGCUCGUCAAGUCCAUGGAAGUCAUCCAGAACCCUGUGGACGUCUGUGACCAGGUGUUUGCCCUGAUCGAGAGUCUUACCUGCCAGAUCCAGAAACACUUGGAGGACCCUAAGUUUGCAGACCUUCAGCUUUACCACAGUGAGACAUUGGAGCUGAUGCUGCAACGCUGGAAGAAGCUAGAGAAGGAUUUCCGCCUGAAGAACAGGCGCUAUGACAUCAGCAAGAUCCCGGACAUCUACGACUGUAUCAAGUAUGAUGUGCAGCACAACACCUCCCUCAAACUGGAGGGCACUGCUGAGCUUUUCAGGCUCUCCAAGGCUCUGGCGGACAUCGUCAUCCCCCAGGAAUAUGGGAUCAGCAGACAGGAGAAGCUGGAGAUUGCGGUUGGCUUCUGCCUGCCUCUCAUCAGGAAGAUCCAGCUGGACCUCCAGAGGACCCAUGAGGAUGAGUCAGUGAACAAACUGCACCCCCUGUAUUCAAGAGGGGUCUUGUCUCCAGGGCGCCAUGUCCGAACGCGCUUGUAUUUCACCAGUGAGAGCCAUGUCCACUCCCUGCUCAGCAUAUUCCGCUACGGUGGCCUCCUGGAUGAAUCGAAAGACCCCCAGUGGAAGAGGGCCGUGGACUACCUGAGUGCCAUUUCGGAGCUGAACUAUAUGACUCAGAUCGUCGUCAUGCUCUACGAGGACAAUAAUAAGGACCCCUCUUCCGAGGAGAGGUUCCACGUGGAGCUGCAUUUCAGCCCGGGGGUGAAGGGCUGCGAGGAGGACGGCAGUGCCCCGGCGGGCUCUGGCUUUCGGCCUGCGUCAGCAGAGAAGGAAGCCAAGAAGCCUGAGCAGGGGAGCCUGGAGGACCUGGCCCAGUCCAAGGGGGCUGACGAGGUGGACCGGAUUCAGCCCGCAGAGCCCGUCUACCUGCAGCGACGGUCGCCUCUGGUCCGUAACCGCAAGACUGGCUCCAUGGAGGUGCUGUCCGAGUCCUCUUCCAAAGCCGGAGGGUAUCGCCUCUUCUCCUACUCCAGGCACUCCUCAGAAGUGAAGCAGAGCGGCUUAGGGUCACAGUGCACAGGGCUCUUCAGCACCACGGUCCUCGGAGGCUCCUCCAGCGCCCCAAACCUCCAGGACUACGCUCGCAGCCAUGGGAAAAAGUUUGCCUCCGGCUUUCUGCACAAAGAUGAGCUCUUGUCUAUGCCAGCUGUAAAGCGGUUUUCUGUGUCAUUUGCAAAGCAUCCAACUAAUGAUGAGCUGGAAGGCGAGUGCCUUGCCCGGCUGCUGCGACGUUUUCCCUCUGACUCUGCCACAAGCCGAGACCUCUCUCUGGAUGCCCCCCUGGCCCGCCAUCUCCACCAGUGCUUCUACCACCUGCGCCUCUUCCGGAAGUGGCUGGUCUCUGGCCAGGGCGAUCUGGAGAGCCUUGACGGCUUUGAGGGCUGCUCCAUGGUGCCCAGCAUCUACCCCCUGGAGACGCUGCACAAUUCACUGUCCCUGCGCCAGGUCAACGAUUUCUUGACAGGCCUCUGCAGGAGCUGCUGCAGCAGCACCCACUCUGGAGCCCCCACAGCAGCAGCAGCAGCGCUGUUUGACUCCCUGGACAGCCAAGCGCCGGGCGAUGCCUUCAUGCAGCAGCAGAUGCUGUCCUCCUCCUCCUCCUCUUUGCCACUGCAUCCCCGCUCCGACAGGCCCCCCUGGUACAGCAGCGGGCCCUCGAGCACGGUCUCCAGCGCCGGACCUUCGUCCCCGACCCCUCUGGACAACUGCCCCCGCUUCAGCUUCUCUGAAAAGCCCCCCUUCAGCUACCAAGUCGGCAAGGAGCGGCUGAGUGGUCAGCUUCCUGGAGAGGGACUGCUGGGUGCGGAGGAGGAGGAGGAGGAGAGCUCUCUGCGUGGCAGCGGAGUGUGGAGAGAGGCCCCAGCGGUGGGCCAGGGAGGGAUGGGGCCUUGGGAGCGGACCCUCGAGCAGGCCUUGCAGCAGAUGGGAGCCCUGGGGGGGCAGGAGGCGGAGCUCCCGGGGACUCUGCCCGGGCUGGAAGACGGGGAGUGUGCGGGCCAGGGGAUGCCCAGCCAAGAGGAGGAGUUCUCGCCAGAGAGGCUCGACCUCUCGGAGGGGCAGGAUGGAGGGGCGAGUGGACAAGGCAAACCAGGCGAGUGGCCCGAGGGGCAGGAGAAGCUGGCCGGCGGGGCCCCAGUGCAGGGCCUGGAAGGGCCGACUUGCGAAGCGGCUCUGCUGAGCCCCCUCCUCCCCCCCCCUGGGGAAAGCGGCUAGCCCUGGUCCCGCUGCUUGCCACGCCACACGGCCACUUCCCCAAGAGGAGGCCCCCCCCCGAGCGACUUGUGGCGGCCUCCCUCCCUCUGGCUCUGCGGCAGCUGGGCGGGGCAAAAGCAGGCUGGGCGGGGCCUCCCCAGCGGAGAUCCUCAGGAUGGUGCUACUUGGCAGCGGCGGUGGCGCUGGGGGCCAAAG